AUGGCUGGCACCUUCUGCCGUCUGCUGGCGGGGCGCGCGGCGCCCGCGCUGUUCGCCGCCGCGGGCACGGGCGUGCUGGCCACGGGCUACCUGCUGGGCCAGCACAACUCCGUCAGCGCCGCCGUGCAGGAGAAGAGGAAGCUCUUCCCCCCCAGCGCUGACUACCCCGACCUGCGCAAGCACAACAACUGCAUGGCCGAGUGCCUGACCCCGGCCAUCUACUCCCGCCUCAGGGACAAGAUGACCCCCAACGGGUACACUCUGGACCAGUGCAUCCAGACCGGGGUGGACAACCCUGGCCACCCCUUCAUCAAGACCGUGGGCAUGGUGGCUGGGGACGAGGAGUCCUAUGAGGUGUUUGCUGAGAUUUUUGAUCCUGUCAUUAAAGCCAGGCACAACGGCUAUGAUCCACGGACAAUGAGGCAUCACACGGACCUGGAUGCAUCCAAGAUCACGCACGGGCAGUUUGACGAGCGCUACGUGCUGUCGUCGCGGGUGCGCACGGGGCGCAGCAUCCGCGGGCUGAGCCUGCCGCCCGCGUGCAGCCGCGCCGAGCGCCGCGAGGUGGAGAACGUGGUGGUCACCGCGCUCUCCGGCCUGCGCGGCGACCUGGCCGGCAAGUACUACAGCCUCACCAGCAUGACCGAGCGCGAGCAGCAGCAGCUCAUCGAUGAUCACUUUCUCUUUGACAAGCCCGUGUCCCCGCUGCUGACAUGUGCUGGCAUGGCCCGUGACUGGCCGGACGCCAGGGGCAUCUGGCACAACAAUGAGAAGACAUUUCUCAUCUGGAUUAAUGAAGAGGACCACACCAGGGUGAUCUCCAUGGAGAAGGGUGGCAACAUGAAGCGUGUCUUUGAAAGAUUCUGCCGUGGAUUAAAAGAGGUGGAAAGGCUGAUCAAGGAGCGCGGCUGGGAGUUCAUGUGGAACGAGCGCCUGGGCUACGUGCUGACCUGUCCCUCCAACCUGGGCACGGGGCUGCGGGCAGGGGUCCACGUCAAGCUGCCCAGGCUCAGCAAGGACCCCAGGUUCUCCAAAAUCCUGGAGAACCUGCGGCUGCAGAAGCGCGGCACAGGCGGGGUGGACACAGCAGCUGUGGCUGACAUCUACGACAUCUCCAACCUGGACCGCCUCGGGCGCUCGGAGGUGGAGCUGGUCCAGAUUGUCAUCGACGGGGUCAAUUACCUGGUUGACUGCGAGAAGAAGCUGGAAAGAGGCCAAGACAUCAAGGUGCCACCCCCCCUGCCUCAGUUUGGCAGGAGAUGA